GUGGAACGUUUUCUACUUCUUCUAGCACCACGGAAGAUGGGGAGCGUCCUCCGAUACUUUUUCAAGAAGGUACUGCUAUCCGAUGUGGAGCAUCUUCUGCGUCUUCUAGCACCACCGAAGACAAACGUCUUCCACUUCUACCCCUUCUGAGGUGGUGGAUAAUCUUCAUUUUACUACUUCUCACGAUCAUGCUCCUGAAGAAAGUGAGCCCCUUUCAGUGUUGUAACCUUGCUGCUGCACACCUUCUCCUUCUAGUACUACUAAAGACCACGAGGAAAGUCUUCUACUUCUGCCACUGCCGGAGGCGAAGAGCAUCUUCUGGCACUUCUUCUAGCACUACUGAAGACGGGAGCGCGGCGUCCUCUUCGUAUAUAAUUUUUCAAGAGCUGGCAGCUGUUGUCGUGGAACGUUUUCUACUUCUUCUAGCACCACGGAAGAUGGGGAGCGUCCUCCGAUACUUUUUCAAGAAUGUACUGCUACCCGAUGUGGAGCAUCUUCUGCGUCUUCUAGCACCACCGAAGACAAACGUCGUCAUUCUCACAUCCCAGCAGUGUCUGAUUAGCGGCAUUCGGGAAGAACAGCAGCAUGACUCGCAUGACCCACAUCCUUUGCCCCCACAUACUUCUGAUCUGCUGUGGUUGGGUUUUGGAAAUCAAUCUUCUUCUUCUUCUAUUUUUUCACGGAUUAAAACUAAUAGCGUCUCCAUCUUCUACUUCUCACAAUGCUAAAGAUGAGAAACUAUAUCUUCCACAUCUAGGACUACUGAACAAGAGCAGAGGAGGAGCAGGAGCUUCUACUUCUACCCCUUGUGAGGUGGUGGAUAAAAAUCUUCAUUUUACUACUUCUCACGAUCAUGCUCCUGAAGAAAGUGAGCCCCUUUCAGUGUUGUAACCUUGCUGCUGCACACCUUCUUCUUCUAGUACUACUAAAGACCACGAGGAAAGUCUUCUACUUCUGCCACUGCCGGAGGCGAAGAGCAUCCUCUGGCACUUCUUCUAGCACUACUGAAGACGGGAGCGCGGCGUCCUCUUCGUAUAUAAUUUUUCAAGAGCUGGCAGCUGUUGUCGUGGAACGUUUUCUACUUCUUCUAGCACCACGGAAGAUGGGGAGCGUCCUCCGAUACUUUUUCAAGAAUGUACUGCUACCCGAUGUGGAGCAUCUUCUGCGUCUUCUAGCACCACCGAAGACAAACGUCGUCAUUUUCACAUCCCAACAGUGUCUGAUUAGCGGCAUUCGGCAAGAACAGCAGCAUGACUCGCAUGACCCACAUCCAAAAAACAGGUGGAAGCAGAAGGUAAACCGCAGGUGGAAGCAAAACCUAGAUUGAUUGGUCCUCUGUCUCCAUCCUAAAAAUCGUCUUUCAUUGUCUGGAACCUCGAUUCACCGAUGCCACUUAUCUUGAUAGCUGAAGAUUCUUCCACCGUGACUGCAUUGAAUGACGUCCAGUAGACUUUCAAAUUGAUGCAAUCAUGCUGAGCCGCGUAGAGGGUUUCGAGUUUCUCUGAGAUGCAAAUCACACAACUGACUUUGCGGCUCAUGAUCACAUGGUAGUCUUUGUU